UUGUGUAAUCUCUCUCCAAAAUUGGCUGCUCGUGCAAUCAUUUGAUAGCCUUCCAAGACUUCUAUAAAUUGGCCAUUUUUGGCUUCAUAAGCUUCACACACUCACCAUUCCUCUACUUUCUUUCUGAGAGAUUGCAUUUGCAUGCACUAGUAAAAGUACCAUACCAAAAUGGCCUUCCUUUCUAUUGUUUCCAAGUCUGCUGUCAUGCUCUUCAUCACUGCCUUGUGCUGCCUCUUUGUCAUGCAGCUCCAAGCUUCUGCCUUGGCAGAUUGCAAGAUGGGCAGUGGAUGCUUCUACGUCAAAGCAACUCUGCAUGAAGUGCAUUCCAGAAAGUUGCUUGAAGGGAUGAAGGGCCAUGAAAUGGUUUUCAAGAGUGGGGGCAUGGCUGGAUCGGCAAGUGGUGGCAAAGGGAUGAAGGUUGGUGCUGGUUGGGAGUUGAGGGAGGCUCCGAUGGGUCCAGACCCCUUGCACCACCACGGUGGCGGCCCAAGAACGCCAAGACACCAUAGUGCUUUUGUGGAUCCCCACCCUUUUGAGACAGAGUUGUCUUAA